AUUUGCGUGUUUGUGUGUGCGUGUUCUCCGUCGUCUGACGGAUGAGGUCAUGUCUCUGAGUGAUCCCCUUGGGCCAGGGCCUCCUCUGGGGCCUGAGGCCUGAAGACCCUGGAUUUCCUCUUUAGGUAAGGCGCAAGCUGGAUGACUGUCGAACUCCAGAGUCCAGGUUCACCUUGAGUCACUGAACUACGUGCUUGUUGCAAUUGAAAGGUCGAGGAUCUCACAUGCAGCCUGACAAAUACGGCUUGGAUGUCAAAGUAAGAGAUCAACCUCCAUCUGUCUCACCAAGACGAUGCCGCACAUCGCCCAUGUGUCGCUAGUCGUCCGCGACUACGACGAAGCCUUGGCCUUUUACGUUGACAAGCUCGGCUUCACCCUCGUGGAAGACAGGCCCGUUCCAGCCCAACAGAAGCGCUGGGUGACGAUUCGACCACCAGGCGCCCCUGCCAACGCUGCGACGAUUUUACUCGCCCGGGCGUCGACGCCGGAGCAAGCCGCAACCAUUGGCGACCAAACGGGCGGCAGGGUAUUUCUGUUUCUGGAGACAGAUGACUUUGAGCGCGACCAUGCUCGCUUCACAGAGGCUGGUGUCCAAUGGGCCAGGCCACCCAUCAAGGAGAGCUACGGAACUGUGGCUGUCUUUGAGGAUCUGUAUGGGAACCUGUGGGAUCUAAUUCAGCGACACGAAUGAGGGCGGGGUAUGACCGUAUGAGCAUGAGGUUCUUUGGCUUGUGAGGGUGUCUUAAAUGUCCUCAAUAUCCAAAGGGCACCGAUUAAAACGCACCGAAGAUAGUCUUCUUAUCGCGUAUCGAUAAGCAGGAGAAUGUGACCCUGAGAUUACUCCGAAUCUUGAAGAUCAUUCC